AUGUAUAUCUUUCUCUCCAACCCAGUUCGCUUCAUGACGAUUACAUUUCCAAGGCUUAUGCUUGCAGGGUUCGAGUUCCUUCUAUGCUGCCCCCAGUACAUCAAAACAGAGCUGUUGUCCCCCUGGGUCCUCUUUCUUAUGAAUUCCAUCUCGACGGUGUGCUCUCGAGUUCGCAAUACAAUGGACAUAGAUACACAGCUGAACAAGGACCAACCGAGACAAGGCCCCUCCAAAAUCAAAACUCUCUUUACCUCGCUCCGAGAAUUAUUCGCCUCCUCCGUGAAUCAAGAACCCUUUCUUGUCCACGAUGGCAGUGACAGAUGGCAUUUAUCGGACACCUAUCUGGCAGAUAUCCCCCGUUGCACACUAAACUGCAUCUAUGCGCAUGUUCGCUCCUUUAACUCCUCUUACACCAACUACGCAUGCAUCUGCGAUAAGACUGGAUCGAUUGGAGCUGAGCCCACCUUCACAUGCGUCAACAACGUCCUGUCAACCCGGACCAAGGAUGGUCUCUGGAUCGAAUCCUUGACUUUUGCGACGUCGUCGGCGUCCCGGCCACUCUCCCAGAUUACAUGGCGCAGUUUGCAUUUCUGCAUCGACGACUCCGACCUAGACAACAGUUCUAACAAGGGCUUCGACCUGGUCUUGGUAAUACAGGAGAGGAUCGCCAAAUCUCGGGGGGCCAAGGAAUGCACGACCGGUCCUGCCGGCCGUACUACAUUGUCCGUGAUCACAGUUUCGCUAACCAUUACACCCACACCCACGUCCACGCCCGAAGCUACGGAAAGCGCGGUGGGAGGAAAGGCUGCAAACACAGAUCCCAGUAGUGAAAGUAGUACAUCUGGUCUGUCCACGGGUGCGAAGAUUGGAAUCUGGUUCGGUAUUCCCCUCGGCAUUAUUCUCAUCGUCAUCCUACUAUGGAUGUAUCGUCGGAGAACCAGAUGUCGCUCGAAUAAUCCUCUAUCCCCUGGUACUGUGGAAGAACAACAACAUAAGGCAGCCCCGCCACCAUUGGGCGCUGAAAUCGACGGGAAUGCCAUCAAGGAAGCAGACGGCCGAGCUGUCGCUGCCGCUCUCACGCCGCUGAAACCGAUGUACGAGUUAAGCGGACAGUCGAUGACGCCGAGGUCUGAACUGGAUGUUCCGCGACAGGAAGAUCAACACUGUGGAACCGCAGGGGUGACCUCUGUGGAUAUAUAG